AUGGGUAAUUUUUGUCCAAAAUUUGAUGCACAUUCAGAGAAAAGCUCAAUUGCUAAUAUAAAAACAGAGGAAGUAGAAUAGACAAAGCUAAGAGUUACCCAACCUAUACAAUCUAGUCAUACUUUAGUUACAAGUAGUAAUGCAUUGACAGUACGAAAAUCCAAAGGGUAAAUAAGUAGAGAUGAUUUCAUACCGAUUGAUAAACUUGGAUAAGUAAUAUAGAAUUGUAUAAAAAGGGAGCAUUUGGAAUAGUUUUUAAAGUUAGAUAGAAAACUACAAACAAAAUAUAUGCAAUGAAAUAGAUUAGGAAAGAGAAGAUAUUCAAAAACAAAUUAGAAAAUAAUACAGUUUUAGAAAGAAAUGUUUUAAAGUAGAGUAAGCACCCUUUUAUUGUUCGAUUAAAAUAUGCAUUUCAAACUAAUUCUCAUAUUUUUUUUGUAAUGGAAUAUAUUGCAGGUGGAGAAUUCUAUAACAUAUUUGAGUAAGUAAGAGUAGGAUUCCCAGAAAAUGUAGUGAAAUUUGUUGCAGCAGAAGUAGUAUUAGCUCUUGAAUACUUAAAUACAAAAUUAAAUGUUAUAUAUAGAGAUUUAAAACCAGAAAACUUAUUGUUAACAACUACUGGACAUGUAAAAUUGACAGAUUUUGGAUUAGCUACCAUGAGAAGAGAAAAUGGAGAGAAAUCAUAUACUGUAAAUAUAUAUAUAUAAAAUAAUUAUAAAGGUUGCUGGAACUGCAGAAUAUCUUGCUCCAGAAAUAGUAAAUAAAUCAGGACAUUCAUAUGAAGUAGAUAUAUGGACAUUGGGAAUAUUGAUUNGA